GUUCUUAGGGCUAGGUUUUCUUUUUCCCUCGUUUAUUGUUGCUGGGUCUACAGACGUUCAAUGACACCAGCGUAGAAAGUUGUGGAACUAAACAACAGUGCAAGUUUUAUUGUACUUAGAAGUGUUGGAAAGCCAUGGAAAUAAUAUUUAAUAACGCCACCGAUAGCCCAAACACCGAAGUAGAAACUACAGUCAAAGGGGAAAUACCGAAGUGGUUGAAUGGGCAACUUUUCCGGAUAGGACCCGGGAAAUUCGAUCUGGCUGAAGACUUCUGUGUUAACCAUUGGUUUGACGGAGCUGGAAUCUUGUACCGAUACACUAUAAAGGAUGGAAAGGUUACAUUCAAGUCUAGGUUUCUCGAGACCGAGGCUUAUGAGAAGAUGUGUACCGUUAAAAGACCCGUGUUUACAGAGUUCGGAACUAGGUCAUAUCCCGAUCCGUGCAAAAGCAUGUUUUCCAGGUUUUGGUCCAAAUUGAUCCCCGGAGAUAUGACGGAUAACGUUAUUGGAAACGUCUUCACGAUGUCUGAUGAGCUGUACUGUGUGACGGAAACCUGUUAUCUAUGGAGAGUGGACCCAGAAACUCUCAAAACCAUGGAUAAGGUUAACUUGGAGAAACUCAUCUCGAUCAACCUGGCCAGUGCUCACCCACACGUGGAUCCUGAUGGCACGAGCUACAACUUAGCUUGUAGUUUUCAUAAAGGCCUGAAAUACCAUAUUGUAAAAAUCCCUCCGCAACUGCCUCUGAAAGAAGAAGAAAAUAAUGGACCAAGGGCUUUUCUGAAGGCUUCCAUCAUCACCACCAUCUCUUCCAGUUGGACUACGUGUUUCAGUUAUUAUCAUAGUUUCGUUAUAUCGGAGAAUUUCGUUGUAUUCCUUGAACAACCCCAACUGUUGAACACUUUGAAACUUGCUACUUCUGUCGUCAAAGGACUAGCCUUAAUCGAGUGCAUGGAUUGGGUACCUAAAGAAAAGACGAGAUUUUACGUCAUCGAGAAAUCAACUGGGAAAGUUUUGAAAACUGUUUACAAAUCUGAAGCUUUUUUCGUUUUCCACCACGUUAAUGCCUAUGAGGAGAAUAACCAGAUAGUAGUUGAUUUAAUAGGCUACGAAGAUCCAAGUUUCCUGCAAAAGUAUAAGUUAGAAAAACUUCGAGCUGGUCUUUUCGAAGAAAUAUGUCCACCACAGCUUCGUAGAUUUGUGCUUCCUUUAGGCAAGGAUUUGAAAAAAGGUGAAAAUCUGGUUACCCUUCCCAACACCAAAGCAAGAGCCGUGAAACAAGAAAAUGGUGUAAUUUGGUUGACGGAUGAAAAACUGGCCAAACCAGGUUUUGAAAUGCCCACAAUAAACUAUAAGAUGCAUAAUGGGAGGAAAUAUCGUUACGUUUACGGGUCAGGAGCUUUCGAACAAGGUUACUUCAAAAACGCGGUUUGUAAAUUUGACUUUGAGACCAAUGAGCUGAAGCUAUGGCGGGAAAGUGACAACGUAUACGCAGGAGAAUUGACGUUUGUAGCCAGUCCUGAUGCUAAGGAAGAGGACGACGGUGUCUUGCUGUGCGUUGCAAUUGAUGUUAGGCCUAACCGGCCGAAUAUGAUGAUUGUACUUGAUGCCAAAACCUUCACAGAGAUUGGACGAGCUGAAAUCGACCCAGAAAUAACCAUCCGAGCUGGUGUACACAGUCAUUUCGUAAAGAGCAAGAACUAAAAACAUUAUUUUAUUUCUUCAGAGUUCUCGUGCCUCACCUGGACUAUUUGUACAGGGAUUAAAGAAAACGAUACAAAAAUUCAAAACAAUUAAAUUACUACACCAUGGAAUAGAUUUUAUACUUUCAUUAAAAUCUAAUGUUUAGCUAAUUUACUUUGGUAUCCUAAUAAUGUGUGAUAGGCUAAAUGCAUAUUCCAUUUAUUCACGAGAAACGUCAUGAAUAUUUGAAUACUUGUCAUGGUUUCUUUUAUAACUAUAAUUCAACGUUUAAGUGAUUUAAUUUAUCUUCUGAUUUUCAAAUCAAAAUAGAGUUUGGGCAUACUCUAAAUAUAGUUGGCACGUAUCUGAAGAUUCUGUAUGCACUUGUUACGAUAGCAGAUCUAUUCCUAAAAUUUCAUUUAAAGUUUUGUAUUGUACAUAUUCUUUUUUACAAUUAUCCUUUGUGUCAGUGCUUACGAAACUGUACUUCACUCAUACAGUCUAUGAGAUGUAACAUAAAUGGUUUUGUUUCCGGAUUACAUCGUGCAAAACGAAGCAGAAUUAUGUAUUUAAAACCGAACAUCUUUUGCAUCAUGCCCAAAGUGCUUUAGAGCUCUUACGUCAGGGGUCACAAUGUCACUGUCUAUUACAACCAGGAAUAUAAUUCAGUGUCCAUCUUCUAUGUAAGUACAAUCUAAUAAUCUAAAACGAUGAUUCCACAACAGACAUUUGUUCCGUGAUAUAAUUUAUGUACAUAUAUCACACACACACACACACACACAUAUAUAUAUGGAAUCAUGUUUGUGUUGUGUGUGUUAAUUUAAUAUGUUUCAUAGCAGUUUAUUUUGAAAACUAAAUUGAGGUAUAUACAUAUAUUGUAGAAUAAUCCUUGAGAUAUGUUAUAUAUUGCUAUGUAAUUGGUGCCUGAGCUUAUACAUUAAACAGUUGUAUAAACUUUGUA